GCGCUGGCGGCGUGGCGUAAGCCUCAUAGAGCACUGCGGAGCCUUACGCCGGUGGCGUAAAGGCGUUGCUUUUUUUUUUUUUUUUUGCCUGUGCGGGGAGAGAAAGAGGUUUAAAGAGCCGAGAGGAGCCGCCGCCGAUGGAGGGCCUGCUGGGGGGCAGGCCCCGAGGGGGCCCCUGCCUCUGAAGCACCCGGAGGGGGGAGGACAGGCAGCUCAGUAGUGAAGGAUUGCUGCCGGACAGUUCCUCCCCUCUUCGGCCAUGUCGUUGUCUUCUCCAAAGAGUGUACAGUCGGAGGUGCCAGUCGGAGUCCCAGCGGGACUGGCAAGAGGACUGACGUUCCACUAGCACGGCGCAUGUGGGUGGAGCGUCUCCCCUGGCGCCCUCCCCUCCUCUUCCUCCUCCUCCGCCAUCCGUGAUGGUUUAUUAACCCAGAAGACGCCAGCUUCUAAUCGGCUCCUCUCCUUUCCCCUCCAUCUCCCUCCCCUCCCCCUGACCCACAACCCCACCUCAAGUUUCGGCUGUGUUGGGAUUUGUAUGGAAUCGACGUAAUCGUGGAGAGGCCGGGGUAUCACAAACUUAUGGAUUUUGAUAAGAGAGGAGGGAAAGGGGAGAGCGAGGAAAGCAAAAGGAUGUCUAAAACGGGUGGAGGCCGGAGCACUCAUGGGAGCCGAACAGCAGGGACCAACUCCGGAGUCUUAAUGGUCGGCCCCAACUUCCGGGUCGGAAAGAAGAUAGGCUGCGGCAACUUUGGGGAACUUCGGCUAGGGAAGAACCUCUACACGAAUGAAUAUGUAGCGAUCAAGUUGGAACCGAUCAAAUCCAGAGCCCCUCAGCUGCACCUGGAGUACCGGUUCUACAAACAGCUUGGCAAUGCAGAAGGAAUCCCUCAGGUUUACUACUUUGGCCCGUGCGGGAAGUACAACGCCAUGGUCUUGGAGCUGCUGGGACCCAGCCUGGAAGACCUCUUCGACCUCUGCGACCGGACAUUCACGCUCAAGACGGUCCUCAUGAUCGCCAUCCAAUUGAUCACACGGAUGGAAUAUGUUCAUGCCAAAAGCUUGAUCUACAGAGACGUCAAGCCGGAGAACUUCUUGGUGGGGCGCCCAGGUAGCAAACGCCAACAUACCAUUCACAUCAUUGACUUCGGCCUGGCCAAAGAAUACAUCGAUCCCGAGACCAAAAAACACAUCCCCUACCGAGAGCACAAGAGCCUGACUGGGACAGCCCGAUAUAUGAGCAUCAACACGCACCUGGGGAAAGAACAAAGCCGCCGAGAUGACCUGGAAGCACUAGGUCACAUGUUCAUGUACUUCCUGCGGGGGAGCCUGCCUUGGCAAGGGCUCAAGGCAGACACACUGAAGGAACGGUAUCAGAAGAUCGGUGACACCAAAAGAGCCACACCUGUUGAAGUGCUGUGUGAAAACUUCCCUGAGGAGAUGGCCACGUACCUCCGCUAUGUUCGUCGUUUGGAUUUCUUCGAGAAGCCAGACUACGACUACCUCCGGAAGCUCUUCACCGACCUGUUUGAUCGGAAUGGCUUUGUCUUUGACUACGAAUACGAUUGGGCGGGUAAACCCUUACCGACCCCCAUCGGCACAAUCCAGAGUGAUGUACAAGUCCAGCCUCCGAACAGAGAGAAAGCACAGCAGUUCAUCAAGCAACAGGUCAUGAGUUCAACCAAUGGGGAGCUGAAUACGGAUGAUCCGACCGCUGGCCACUCUAAUGCCCCCAUCACUGCCCCUGCCGAAGUCGAAGUGGCUGACGACACAAAGUGCUGCUGUUUCUUCAAGAGAAGAAAGAGGAAAACCAUCCAACGCCACAAGUGACGCUUCUGCCGGAAGAAACCAGGAUUUGGGACUACAUUUUGUUGACUACCUGGCCCCGGCUUAUGGAUUGAGAUUCCUUGUUUGGAUGGGGAACAGGCUUCCUCUCUCCCCCCGCCCAUGUUUUGCUCAGGGGCGGGGGGUAUAGGCCGGAGCCACUAUGACUCUGUUGGUUGGCUAGCCUGGGGAGGGAGGCAACCUUCCCCAGUUUGUGACUUUCUUCCCAAAAGACACAGAAUGGGGGGAGGGGGUGUUCACCGAAAAAGCACGUCAGACUUUUGCUCAAGUGCCCAAGUUUUUUGUUUUUUCUUCCCUUGUGUGGUCCGCAGAAAAGCAUUAACUAUUUAAGCUUUCGUCUACACCUCUGUCACUUCUUCUCUCCCCCCACCCCUCCCGCAUUGGUUUUGUUGAAUAAUUUUUUUUAAAGGGGGGGGGCAAUUCUACGUGUUUCGUUAGAAGCAGCAAAGUCAUGCUUGUGAGCCAGCCACGAAAAUUUUUUCCCCCUUCUACUUCUGCAUCAGAGUUUAAUUUAAAAAGCAUCUUGGUCUCCAGUGCGGAGCCUUUGCUCCUCCCUCUUUUCAGGUCUUACCUAUUUGCUUGUGCUUGUCAUUUUUUUAAAAGUUUUCUUUUGGUUUCCCUCCCCACCUGCUGCAUUCGCCUCUCGUGCUCCCAAACUUAUUCAGUGUUGCUGUCUGGUUGGGUCCCUCUUGGAAGCAGGCCGUGGGGGCAUGGCUGGCUUGUUUACACUUUUUUUGUUUCAUUUCAUUUCUCUAUGCACUUUUUUUUUUGUAGCAAUACAAGCAACAUCUUGGUCAUGAAGUUUAGCAAUUGUUUUUGUUUAAAGACACCCCCGCCCCAAGCUGCGGGUGGGAAAAGGAAAAGGCGAAGAGGGUCCCUGGGUCCUCAGGCUCGGCUCGGCAGUGUAGCCGCUUUGCAGUUAGUGAACAACUGGGGCAGGCAGAGAAGGCAGCUGCCGUGACCAAAGGGAAAUCUGGUCAGCAGCGCACCACAAAGCAGUUGCGCGUCCUGUGCUUUCCGAUUGCAAGGCAUACGAAGUCUCCGCCUUUCUGUAAACUUGUCAGCACGACUCCCAUUUGCAAAGAGGGUUGUUGAAUAUGUUGAUGCGAGGACAGUUCACCCCACGGCUUCUUUAUGCAGUGUCCCCCCCUUUUUUUAAAAAAAAAGACAAUCCACCCCAUCUUAGACACAACAUUUAGAGUCGCUCUGAGAUGUUAACGGUUUUCAACAUUUCCAUUUGCAUAGACAGGGAGGAAAGUGGUUUGUGAAGACAAACUUUAAAAAGUGUGACGUUUUGCUGUGGGAAUAGAGAGUUUCAAGAAUGCGAUCUAUUCCUCGCCUCUGCCAUUGGAAAAUCAGGGACCUUGUUGAGGGGCCAGGGGGGGAUCGGGUUACGUUUGGCAGUGAUCUGCAGGGCAGGCGUGUGUUUAUCCCCUUAAUUUUUGGCAGACCCUGUUCUGGACAACAGAGAGGCCUUGCCCAUAGGCAGGCCAUGGCCGAUACGUGGUGCAUUGCCUGCUCGAUGCCCGUCUUCUUGGGCAUCCCUGUUUCCACUUUCUCCCUCUGCCUUACAAAAAGGCCAGAUCUCCCUACCUCCUGGCCAGAAGCCGGUGGCGUCAGCUGUUCAUGAACUAUGUCGAUGUGGAGUGGGGUUGCUUCUUUAUAGAUAAAUAUAUUUUUAUACAAAGGGAUUGGGGGUGGGCCUAUACUCUUACAGAGUGGCAUGAUUCCCCCCGCCCCUUCACAUUGUAAUCACGUCACUUGUGAAAUGACCUUUCUCCACAAGGGGGGAGUGGCUGGCCGCAGGGCUGCAGUUUGGUUUCUGCUGAACUAAACAGCACCGGGGGGUUGGGGGGCAGGUGUAGAUGCCACAGACCUAAGGGAUUUGCCACACACCCCACACCUAAACCUCUUGGUUUAGCCCUUAAAGUCCAUGGGACAAUCUCCCCCACAAACAGACCCCAUUUUCACUUACUGUCCUCUUGUUCACUUUCUAGAGCUAGACCCACACUUUGGGCUCUCUUGCUGCCCAUUUGCGUUCCUGGUCUUGUAUUUGCAUAGGGGCAGCCCCCCCCCCUUUUUUUUUUUUUGCAAUACCCAUGAAUGGAGCUUGUGUGGGAUGCAAGCCCUCUGCAGCCCCAUCAGUGAAGUAUUUGCGCUUGUGCUGGGCCCUUGUGCUUAAAGCUACUUUCCAAAGGGUGGUGCCCUCUUCUCUCCCCCCCUACCCUGAAUAUUUUCUGUCCAUAUCAGGACGAGUCAGGUGUCCGCUCAGUAGAUGGGUUUUUAGUUCAUACCCUUCUUAACAACAGUGCCUCAGCUGUACUCAAAAGAACCAAGGGGGGGGGGCGGGUUCCAGAGGGGAUGGUCAGAAGACAACCCCCUGGUUCUUGGCAGUGGUUUCCACUCAAAUAGGAUCCCUUAGGUAUGUGCAAUGUUAAGUUUUCCCAACUGUGCAAAACAAAGAACAUGGCCUUAAAUGAUGUGCUGGACAAAAUGAAAAUUAAUGUCCCAGUCCCAAAAAGGUGUAUAAAAAGAAUUAGAGAAAUUUGAAAUGUUUGUGAGGGUGCAUGAUUGGAGGGAACGCAGACCCUGUAGCAGUGUUGAGUGUUCUCUUUUUCAACUUCAGUUGUAGUUGGAAAGCGAGAGAGAAAUGCAUGCAAGGUAUAUGGGGGGGGGGAGCUUCUCAGCCAACUCCUGCCCCCCCCUCCAAUCUGGUUCAGUCUGAACUGCAUUGACAUUUGAAACUUGUCUUACACAGAUAAAAGUUGUGAGUCUCUUUCCUUUUCCUAAAACAAUCAGGUAACUUGAGUCUGCAUAGAAAAUGAGAUUUGUGCCAUUCCUAGCUCCAAACUGUUGGCAUUGUGAGUUUUAGUUACUGCUUUAAAACAAACACAAAAGUAGUAUAGACAGGUAAAUGGCAUAUGAAGUUUCUCUGAAGCGUCUUUGAAGCCACAGAAGUUAGAGACUUAAAAAAAAAAUUAAAAGCCUGGGAGGAAAGAAAAUCCUGGAAAACCAAAAAUUAAAAAAAAAAAACUUUAAAAAUAAUUCUACGAUGAGUGCUUGGUUCUGUACAUUGAAGCAUGCUUCAGGAUUGGGUGGAAAGAAAGAGUUCAGGAGCUGGGGUGGAAGAAGAAUCCAUACAAGUAUGCUCUAAAAUCUUCCAAUCAAAUUUAAUAGACAGCUGGGGGGAGGCGGGGGUCGCUAGUGCUAGCAUGGCCCAGCUCCGGCAAGAGGUGGAGGGACAGGGCAUAAUUCAUGCGUCUGAGCAAGUAUAGGAGGGGGCCUGCUGACUGGACCCCUGCCCCUGCUUUCACUGUAGGAAAAGCUCUGGUUUCAGCAGGUUGAGGAGUGUGCCUAGGUGUCGUCCCCCCCCCCAUUUGUUUCAAUUUUUUUUAAAAAAAAUUGUUUGGAUUGGGAUUAAAGGUGUUUUAGUUUAA